AUGGCCUACCAAUCCAACGUUUAUAAUUCUACCAAAGAACAAGCCAUCAUGGACCAUUCCAACGUAAAUAAUUCUACCAAAGAACAAGCCAUCAUGGACCAUUCCAACGUAAAUAAUUCUACCAAAGAACAAGCCAUCAUGGACCAAUCCAACGUUUAUAAUUCUACCAAAAAACAAGCCAUCAUGGACCAUUCCAACGUAAAUAAUUCUACCAAAGAACAAGCCAUCAUGGACCAUUCCAACGUAAAUAAUUCUACCAAAGAACAAGCCAUCAUGGACCAUUCCAACGUAAAUAAUUCUACCAAAGAACAAGCUAUCAUGGACCAUUCCAACGUAAAUAAUUCUACCUAA